AGUGCCCAAGUGACAGUUGAAGUUUCGGAAUUUCGGAAGCAUCACGCUCUUUUGUGUUUUUAGCGGAAAGUUUGAGGACCACAAAAAUGCCCAAAGAAUUGAAAAAUGGGACUGUCAAUGGAGGAAGUGGCGAAGAAUCAGACAAUUCUGAUGCUUGGGAUGAUGAACUACUGAUCAAAGCUUAUGAUGAAUCUGUACGCCUGGCAAAGGAAGAUGUGGCUAGGAAAGUUGCUUCAGCCACUAAUACAAGUCCCCCGAAGGUUGAUGACUCAGCCGGGAAGCGCUCCCUUCAGUGGCAGCCGGUUAAAUACAAAGUAGGAGAUUUUGUCCGGGCAAUUUACAGAGAUGAUGGAAUUGAGUAUGAAGCAGUAGUCGUGUCCACAAGUGGAGGACCUGGAAAGUAUUUGGUGAAAUUUGUUGGAUAUGAGAAUGAGCAGUACGUAGCGACGUCAGAGCUUAAGGAUUCCCUGGGAGGAGAAGCCAGAAUGGAGCAGAUUGAAGCAUCUCUGGCAUCCCCCACUGCAAAUGAUGAUGAAUCUGUGGCUUCUGAAACUCCUGAAGCUCAUUCUUCCACCUCCACAAAGAAAACUGAGCCACCAGAACCAAUACCAGGGCCACUAUAUUCGCUUCUUAACGCAGGAUCUUUCGUGCCGCCGAUGUCAUUUCAACCUCCUCCACUUCCUCCCUUCGCCAAUGAUAAUUCCGAAGAAGGGAAACAUUUGGCUGCGAUGCUCAUGGCUUGGUACACCAGUGGCUACUACACAGGACUCUAUGAUGCACACAGGAAUGCUCAGAAACGCAAAAAUGAGGUCAAACCCAGUAAAUCAUCCUAAUCGCCAAAACUUUAUUAUAUUCAUAAUAAAAUUGUAUUUGCAUUA